AGUAUACAUACACAUCAUUGACAAGUCCAGCAACCCAAAGGACAAGGAUAUUUAAUCCGUUGAGGGAGCCACCAUGAGUUCGGUUUUGCUCAUCUAGGAAGCACGCUAAAUUUUCCCAACCUUCGCCCAUUCAUCAUGCAGCAACACAUUUUAGCAUGCGUCCGGCACCCUUCAUUGUGACAGGGUGUCGCUCCGCUGGGCUCAUCAAUGCAGCUUUCAUUUUCCUCAGCCGGGCCAAGAUGGAAGUCGUACAAAAGGAGCGCUGGUACUUCAUGGCACUUGUCUUACUCUCUUUUCUUAAAGGGCCAUGUGCCGAUUCCGUCCCGGAGAUAGAAACGGUCACGAUCCACCUACAGGAGGGAAUGGUCCUUGACUGCUUGUGCCCCUGGGACGGAAACCUCACGAUGGUGUCGUGGACCAAAGACCCAGACACCAAUUCCAUAGCCGUUUUCCACCCAGAGUACGGCAUAGCCACCACUUACAAUUACCGAGAGCGGAUCGAGUUCUUGAGAUCCACGCCGAUGGACGGAAGCAUAUCCAUGAAGAAUGUCACCCACCAGGAUAUUGGGGUUUAUCACUGCUCUGUUCAGACAUUCCCCCAAGGCCCCUGGAUCAGGAACAUUCAAGUGGAGGAUUUAGAUGAGCCUCCGGAAGACAACGACAAAGAAGACAACGCUGAGGUCAUGGAGGCAGACGUGCAUGUGACAGCGGAACCCAGCAGCAACCUCACCAUGGAGUGCAACCACGAGCGCAACCACACGACCGUCCACCAAGUCGUAGUGGAGCACAUGGGAGUCGGUCAACCCUGGGUCAUCAUCGGCAUCUGCAAGCGGGUGGAGGACGUUGUGCUGAUUGAAGACUACGGCGAGCGCGGUCAGAUCAUCUGCGACCAAAGCCUGGAUGUCAGUCUGGAACUUAGUCCUGUCGCGCAGGAAGAUGGCGGCUUAUACCGCUGCAGCUUCAGUACGGACGCCGGCUUGCAGACCCGCACUGUUAUGGUCACAGUGCCCCCGUCAGGUGGCUUCCGACUGUCCGUGUUUAUGAUGUAUGUUUACUUGGCGAUUGCAACUGCUGGACUGAUUUUACUGACUUUCCUCCUCAUCAUCUUGUUGAUGCGCAGGAAGAAGAGCAGACGAGAAGAGAGUACAGAUAAGCUGCACCCAACUCAAACACAGAGAUGGCGGCGGUGGUGGGCGAGGGAGAUUUGCGGACAGGUCUACUGAGGCGUGAACCACGUGGACGGACAGAGACAGCUCUGUACUGCAUUCCCCCUUUCGUCGUGAUCAACAAUACGG